AUGGAAUAUUGCAGCAAGGAAGUUCGAUACAUAUUUGAAGAUAUAUCAAGUGCUAUUGCAUAUUUGCAUAACAUGAAAAUCACUCAUAGAGAUUUAAAACCGGAUAAUAUUGUAUUACAAACACUUGAUUCAUCUCUACAACAUAAACUAAUAGAUUUGGGAUAUGCUAAAGAAUUAGACGAAAAAAGUAUAUCAGAGAGUUUUGUUGGAACUUUGCAGUAUUUAGCACCAGAAAUAUUGCUUAACAAAAGCUACAGUAACUCUGUUGAUUAUUGGUCUUUUGGACUAGUUGCUUUUGAAAUCAUUUGUGGUGUACGACCAUUUUUGCCAAAUAUGUCUCCAGCACAAUGGUUACUACAAAUACAAAAGAAAAAUAGUGACACAAUUUGUAUAUAUCAAGAUAUAGACGAAAAUAAAUCAAUAAUUCAUUGUGAUAAAAUUUAUGCAGAAAAUUUUAUAUCCGGUGCAUUGAAAUCUAAAUUCGAAAAAUGGUUUAAGCUUGCAUUAGAGUACGAUAGUAAACAAAGAGGAUAUGAAAAAAUGAAGCCAGGAUCUCAGAGCAACAGCAUAUUAGAAAAGAAAUGUGUAACAUUUAAUGAUAUUGAAAUUGAUCGAAUUAAUAGGGAAACAAAGUUUUUCACAUUAUUAAACACAGCGCUGAGGGCACUUGGCAAUGAGAGUUAG